AUUUCGUGUGUUUACAAAAGAGGGAACACAACACAUUGUUCGCACACCCUCGCCUCUCAUCACUUCCGUCGCGCCUCCGAGGAAACAAAUGGACGCUUCUCUUUGUUAGCUUAAUCCGCAGCUUUCGACGUCAACUUCACUUCACUGGGAGCACUCAGUUGCUGUUGUAUAAGGCCUGAGAUUCAGGAUGAAAAAGAAGAAAAAUCCUCUCGUAUUCUUAGAUGUAUCUAUUGAUGGAAAUCCUGCAGAAAGAAUUGUUAUUGAGCUCUUUGCAGAUAUUGUCCCGAGGACUGCAGAAAAUUUCCGGUCACUCUGCACAGGUGAGAAGGGAGUUGGAGUAUCUACCGGGAAACCUCUGCACUACAAAGGAUGCUUAUUUCACCGUGUAAUCAAAGGGUUUAUGGCUCAAGGUGGUGAUUUCUCCAAAGGGAAUGGCACUGGUGGAGAGAGUAUAUAUGGAGGGAAAUUUCCAGACGAAAACUUUAAAGUUGUUCACACUGAGGCUGGUCUUCUCUCGAUGGCGAAUAGUGGUCCUAAUACAAAUGGAUCCCAGUUCUUCAUUACGUUUAAGAGAACUCCCCAUCUUGACGGGAAGCAUGUUGUUUUUGGAAAAGUAGUGAAGGGAAUGGAUUUUGUGAAGAAAAUUGAACAGGUAGGGACAGCUGACGGGAAGCCAUCUGGGCUUGUGAAAAUUGUAGAUUGUGGCGAAAUGUCUGAUGAGAGGAAAGUUAAUGAUACAACCAAAGCAGAGAAAGGGAAAAAUAAGAAGUCAGCAAGAGCUCUUUCCCCUGAUGAUGGUUCAGACAGUCAAGAAAAGGGGAAACACAAAGCAUCCACCGACAGAAAGCAAAAGAAAAGGAGGAGAUACUCUUCAUCUGAUUCUUACAGUUCUGAAUCAGAUACUGAUUCCUCUUCAGGCUCUGACUCAGAUUCUGAGCUGGACUCCUAUUCUUCUAGUUCUUCAAGUGAUGGAAGGCGUAAGAAGAGGAAGAGGUCGACUAAGAAAGAAAGGAUUCGACGUGGGAAGAAAAAAGACGAAAAGAGGACGAGGAGAAGAGUUCAUCGAAGUAAAAGAUCGAAACGCAAGCGGAGCUCUGAUAGUUCUAGUGGCUCAGACAGCACCAGCAGCAGUGAUAGCUCUGAUGAUGAAAAUGACAGGCGCAGUAAUGCUAAACAAAAAGCUUUGGGGAAGAAAUCAUCAAUCCCUCUCAAAGGACAAGCUGUUUUGAAACAGCAAAAGAAUCUUGAAGAGGGUGAAGUAUCUAAGAAUGGUAAGCUUCCGAAUAAUGGUCAUGGUGGGGAUGUACCAACUGACAGGACUCUCGCCACCAAUGAUAAAUCUGAUCAUUCCAGCAGAUCCAGAAGUGCAACACCAAGUCCCAGAGGGAAGCCAAGACCCAGCCGCCGGAGCAGUCGAAGUAUGAGCCCAGCAAAAGUGCUUGAUAGACUUGACCAUAAUGAUGGAAGUCUUCAAAUUGAAUCAAAGGAGAGAAGUCUUCCAAAGAGUCCUUCACAAAAAGCUACUCAGCCGUCUCGCUCUAGUCCUGGCAGGGAUUUAUCCGGAAACCGUUCUCCUGAUGGAACUUCAAAGCGAAUCCGAAAAGGCCGUGGCUUCACUCAACAGUAUUCAUUUGCAAGACGCUAUCGCACCCCAUCUCCCGAGCGUUCACCUUACAGGCCUUAUUACCAGGGUGGGAGAAAUUUUCAGGGGAAUCGUGAUAGGUACUCAAGCUAUAGAAGCUAUUCUGGGCGUUCUCCACCGGGACGAUACAGGCGCUCACCAAGAGGCAGAAGUCCGCCCAGUAGAUACCGGCGAAGGAGUCGAAGUAGGAGUAUUUCUCGCAGCCCUACUGCUCAUCCUAGGCGUGAGAGGCGUCGAAGUAGGAGCCCUUCACGUAGUGCUUCCCCUACAGAUAAGCGGCAGACAAUAAGUGACAGAUUGAAGUCUCGUCUUGGGCCUCGCGUGGAUGAUCAGAAUUCUCCUACUAGAAGGUCAGCUUCAAGAUCUAGAAGCCGUGACUCAACGACUCCUCGAUCUCCUGAUGCUGCUCCAAGGAAGCACAGUAGAAAAGUAGGAUCUGAAUCACCCAGUAGUUCGAGGUCAACCUCCCCAACUCGACAGCGGGGUCUAGUCUCAUAUGAGGAUAUCAGUCCCACCGGGACAAACUAAUUUGUAGCCUUGAAUUAAGCUUAUAUCUGAGUGACCAAAUUUGCAAAAAGCUUAUUAUCUAGUUUUAAACUUUGUUCCAUCAGAUGUUGCUAGGCUGGGGUUGCCAACUCAGUUUUAUCAUUUUUUGUAUUUUCAGUAUACCGCCAGUUCGACAUUGAUUGUUUUACCAUUUUCCGGA